UGUUUACGUUGGUGCUGAGUGCUAGCUGGAGGAUGGUGGGACCAGCAGGAGGAGGAGAGGAGAGUUCAGCAGGAUAGUCUCCCACCUCAUAUGGCAGCAGCGUGGCUCAAAUAUCCCUCUGUGUGGCUGCUGUUGUGGCUCUGCGUCCGGCUGUCCGAGACCAACAACACCCGAGUCUCUAUGGACGAUGACCUCCUGCUGCCGUACGCCCACGGCCACGGCCCCUCCCACUCUCACCGGCAUGUCAGAGACUGUCAGCCCGUCAUUCAUGGCAACAUCACCUACGAGAGCCGGCCUGCCAGCAACCACAGCGGGCUGCCGGUGGCAGAGUCCACGCUGUUUGUUUCGAACGUGCCGGGAGGCUCCAGAUGGGUUUACGGUCACAUGACGGUGGUCCACGACCCGCUGAGGACGGUGUCGGUACUGGAGCCGGGUGGGCCGGGCGGCUGCGAGAUGAAUCAGAGGGCCUUGGUGGAGGAAACAGCCAAGGCCGCCGGGUGUCUGUACGCCCAGAACGCCGGCUUCUUCAACACGAAAUCAGGCCAGUGUCUGGGCAACGUGGUGAGCGACGGCAGGGCGGUGCAGGACAGCGGCGGGUUGCAGAACGCACAGUUUGGCAUCAGGAGGGACGGCACCCUGGUGUUCGGGUAUCUGUCACAGGAAGACGUCAAGGACCAGUCCAACCCGUUCGUCCAGCUGGUCAGCGGUGUGGUGUGGCUGGUAAGGAACGGCGAGAUCUACAUCAACCAGAGCCUGAAGGCUGAGUGUGACAAGACACAGGAGACGGGGAAUAUCCGCACUUUUGUCGACGUGGUGUCAGCCAGGACGGCGGUGGGCCACGACGCCGAGGGCAAACUGAUUCUGUUUCAGAUCGAUGGGCAGACCGAAGUAAGGGGUAUGAAUCUGUGGGAGCUGGCUGAGUCUCUGAAGAGCUACGGAGUCAUCAACGCCAUCAACUUGGAUGGAGGCGGGUCUUCCACCUAUGUGGCUGAUGGCUCAUUGGCCAGCUACCCUUCUGAUCACUGCAUUCCAGACAGCAGGUGGCGCUGUGCUCGGGCCAUCUCCACCGUCUUGUGCGUUCACCAGCGGCGCUGCCAGCCAGCAGACUGCAGCGGACACGGAGACUGUGUGGACGGACGCUGUCGGUGUCAGCAGGGCUGGCAGGGCGCCGCCUGUGACUCACUGGUGUGUCAGCCGCCAGCCUGCGGCCCUCAUGGUGUCUGCACCGCCAAUGGUUGUGUCUGUGAUGCUGGGUGGAGAGGAAAGAACUGCAGCCAAGAGUGCCUCCCGGGUUUCUAUGGUGACGGCUGCAAUCAAACCUGCGUCUGUGUUAACGGCGGUUCCUGCGACACCGUUCACGGACGCUGUGCCUGUCUCUCUGGUUUCUACGGCAACAUUUGUGAACUGGUGUGUCCUCUGGGUUUCUUCGGUCCAUCUUGUGUUCACGAGUGUCAGUGUGACAACCAGUGUCCAUGUGACCCGCAGACAGGAAACUGUAACGCCACGCUGCGAGAAGAGACCAACUACACUUUACACAGAGCUGGACAUUGUCUUGCCAAACAGAUGUUUACAUUGUGGAGACGUGAUGAAGAAGCUCACAAAGAGCAGCCUCAUCUGACAGAGCGUACCUGGUUGCUGAUCACCGUCACCCUGGCCUCUCUGCUGUCAGCCAGCCUGCUGCUUCACCUCGUACGGGCAUGUCGCGGCUCAGUGGCAGCUCGCUUCCUUGACCGCAGAGACUACUCCUCCGUCCCGCUGACCGAUAUCAACGGAGCUGACUCCAGGAGGAUUGGGAAAUCCGGUUUCGACUCGGACUCUCAGGAUGAUAUUUGGUCUCCGUCCGGCUCGGGGAGGUCGUAGCUGUCAGGAGGACGUAGAGUGAUGACGCUCUGCUAUUGGACAAAUAGAAACAACUGAAACGCAGUGUUCCUCUGCUUCAUUUAAUCUUCUAAUUUUGUCAAAAUUUCCAACGACAAUCUUGCUGAAAUGAGAAGGAAGUGCACGUUUGUUACAUCCUUUGUCACUCUGCUGACAUCAAACUGUAUCUGGCAGCUGGUCCGCUCUCAUUUUUUUGUUUACAGCCGAGGCUUUUUAAUCUGAUGAUGAAAGAAAAGAGGUCAAAGCUUUAUCGGGAAUCUGCACGUCUCAAUCCCAGCUCCAGGUAGGAUGAGCUUUUCAUCUUGUUGCCAUUGAAACUUUGAAACCAGGGGCCUGGAUCACAAAGCGAUAUUUAGUGUGUUGUCCAGCUAUCUUUAAGCUUAACUCAGGUGUUUCUGGUAUCACAAAGCUGGUUAAUCACCAUCAUUAUUCCCACAGGAACCUCAUACAACAGUGUUGUAUUUCUCCAUAGUCAGUGUAUUACCCACAGUAGAUGGAGUUUGGAGAAACAGACAGGAGUACCAGCACGGGAGCAAAGCAAUGUACUGAUGUAGACGGGGGCAUCUAUGUAGGAUGGAACCUGGCAAAAUCAAAAAUAAAUUAAUAAAUUACUCAAUAAAUAAAUAAAUAUGUCAUUAAAUGUUGCAAAAAUAAUAUUAAAAAUAAAUGAAGUAAUUUAUUAAUUGAUCAAGUGUGACAUAAAUUUAUAUUUCUGUUUUAAUUUGCUUCUUUAUUUUUUAUCAUUGUAUUAAUUCCCUUAUUUUUUUAUUCUUCUAUUUAAUUUUCCCUUUUAUUUAUUUAUUUAGCCUCCUCAUUUUGCCCCCUCAUAAUGAGGUAGAAAUGCAUAAAAAAGUUACAAAGAAAGGUGUAAAUAAAUGUGUAAAGAAAAGUACACAGAAAUAAAUAAGUUUGGGUAAAUAAAUAGGGUGAAAUUCAAAGGGUAAAUCGUGCAGAAAUAAAUAAUUUAGAAAAUACAUAAAUACAUACAUUUAAAAAUGUAUAUAAAAUAGAUUAAAAAACUAAGUG